CAUUUUCUCCCCAACUCCCAUUUUAACACCACUUCUUCCUCUUUCCCAUUCCCUCACCUCACCACCACACCAUGAAUACCUCCCAAGACCUCUCCUCCUCCACCGCCACCGCCACCUCCACCUCCAUCGCCUGCCGAUGUAGGAAGAGGAGGAGCAAGAGGAGAAGAGAUGAAAAUCCGGAUGAGGUGGAUAAGAAGAUAGUGGCGCUGCAGAAAAUAAUUCCCGGCGGCGAGAGGCUGGCGGUGGAUGAGCUCUUUCAAGAGACGGCGGAGUAUAUAUUUGCGUUGGAGAGCCAAGUCGAGGCAUUGAGGUUUCUUGCUGCCUUCCUUCAAACUUCCCACAGCACAAACAGGAAGCUCGGUGCUUGAUUUUUUUUGCUCCUUUUUUUCUUAAAUUCUUUUUUUCUCUUUUUUUUUCAUAUUGGUCUAUCUGUCCAUCCCUCCUUUUUAUGUAUGGAAUUUCAUUAGGCCAAAAAUAUAAAUAAAUAAUGGUUUAUCA